AUAUUAGCCCAUUAAUUAGAGUAGGCCCAAUUAUGAAGAAAUCUUACGCAGGCAUCGCAUCUCUCUCGAUCGUCGACGACGAUUCCCGAUGGUCAUCUAGAAUCAACCUCCGAAGCCGCCGGAAUCGUAUCAAGGAGCACCUAAAACCUGUCAUCUCCGACGAGAAUCUGAUUUCAAGAGCCGUCGCUGGUAGGAUGCUCGAGUUACGCGAUAGAGAGUGCUAUUUGCUCUUCUGUCUUAUCGUCUUCAUAAUCGCUGUGCCUUGUUUCAGCCAUGAAAGCCUGUUUGAUGGAAAACCUUUAUAUGCUGGGAAGGAACUGUGGAAGGAGACAAUGCCAUUGCAAUCUGGAUUUCGAGUUUACAAAUUAGAGGGGCUUAAAUCGAAUUCUUGGUAUGAAGUCAAGAUAUCGUACCCAGCUUCUAUACCGGCUCUCUUCUCGCUGCAACUGUUGAGGAACGGUGAAAUGGGUUUGAAGCUGAACCAGAUGAGAAAAUUACUAAACACUGAGAAAUUGAUCUUCAAAACCGAAAGUCUUGAACAUGUUAAUGAAAACAAGGACGGAUUGUAUGUUUUGGUGACUGUGGAACCCGAAGGAAUCGUGGCUAUACCAAAUUUCAAAGAGAGGGCGUUCAUCAUUUACAACAUAGGCAAGCCUUUUUUCUACUUACUACUAUCUUAUCAAUCUUCUUCUUCUCACAGCAUAGGACUUGUG